GAACCAGAAGCUUCAGUGGCCAAUGGAGUUGGGAAACUCAGGAAGAGGUGGGAAUGAGGUCCCGAAAUCAAGGUGGUGAAAGUUCAGCUAAUGGGCAUAUCUCCUGCCCCAAGUCCUCCAUCAUCAGCAAUGCUGGUGAUAAAAGUCUCUCAGAAGAUGCAAAAAAGAAGAACAAAGCAAAUAGGAAGGAGGAUGAUGUCAUGGCCUCAGGAACUGUCAAACGACACCUAAAAACAUCUGGAGACAGUGAACGAAAGACUAAGAAAUCCCUGGAGUUAUCCAAAGAAGACCUCAUCCAGCUACUCAGUAUAAUGGAAGGGGAGUUGCAGGCCAGAGAAGAUGUGAUCCACAUGCUGAAGACCGAGAAAACCAAGCCUGAAGUUCUGGAGGCUCACUACGGGUCUGCAGAGCCAGAGAAAGUGCUUCGGGUCCUGCACCGAGAUGCCAUCCUUGCCCAGGAGAAGUCCAUAGGAGAGGAUGUCUAUGAGAAACCGAUUUCAGAGCUGGACAGACUUGAGGAAAAACAGAAAGAAACCUACCGGCGCAUGCUAGAGCAGCUGCUGUUGGCAGAGAAGUGUCACAGGCGCACUGUGUACGAGUUAGAGAACGAGAAGCAUAAGCACACUGACUACAUGAACAAGAGCGACGACUUCACCAACCUGCUGGAGCAGGAGAGGGAGAGGUUGAAAAAGCUCCUUGAACAAGAAAAGGCAUACCAAGCCCGUAAAGAAAAGGAAAAUGCUAAGCGGCUCAAUAAACUAAGAGAUGAGCUUGUCAAACUCAAGUCCUUUGCACUCAUGCUGGUGGAUGAAAGACAAAUGCAUAUUGAGCAACUUGGCCUGCAAAGCCAGAAAGUACAGGAUCUUACUCAGAAACUGAGGGAAGAAGAAGAAAAGCUCAGAGCCAUUACUUCCAAAUCCAAAGAAGAUAGACAGAAAUUGCUCAAGUUAGAAGUGGACUUUGAGCACAAAGCUUCAAGAUUUUCUCAAGAGCAUGAAGAGAUGAAUGCUAAAUUAGCUAAUCAAGAGUCUCACAACAGGCAACUUAGACUCAAGCUGGUUGGCUUAACUCAAAGAAUCGAGGAGCUAGAAGAGACCAACAAAAAUCUUCAAAAGGCAGAGGAAGAACUUCAGGAAUUAAGAGAUAAAAUUGCCAAAGGAGAAUGUGGAAACUCCAGCCUCAUGGCAGAAGUGGAAAAUCUCCGAAAGCGUGUGCUUGAAAUGGAGGGGAAAGAUGAGGAGAUCACUAAAACGGAAUCCCAGUGCAGGGAAUUGAAGAAGAAGCUGCAAGAGGAAGAACACCAUAGUAAGGAGCUCAAAAUUGAAGUUGAGAAGCUACAGAAGAGAAUGUCUGAACUGGAGAAAUUGGAAGAAGCAUUUAGCAAGAGUAAAUCUGAAUGCACCCAGCUACAUUUAAAUCUGGAGAAAGAAAAGAACUUAACCAAAGACCUGCUAAAUGAAUUGGAAGUGGUCAAGAGUCGAGUUAAAGAGCUUGAAUGUUCUGAAAGUAGAUUGGAAAAGGCUGAAUUAAACCUAAAAGAUGAUCUUACGAAAUUAAAGUCAUUUACUGUGAUGCUGGUUGAUGAAAGGAAAAAUAUGAUGGAAAAAAUAAAGCAAGAAGAGAGAAAAGUGGAUGGACUCAAUAAAAAUUUUAAGGUGGAACAAGGAAAGGUUAUGGAUGUAACUGAAAAACUAAUUGAAGAAAGUAAGAAGCUUUUAAAACUGAAAUCUGAAAUGGAGGAAAAGGUAUACAAUUUGACAAAAGAGAGAGAUGAGUUGAUAGGCAAACUGAAAAGUGAAGAGGAAAGAUCCUCUGAAUUAAGCUGCAGUGUUGACUUAUUAAAGAAGAGACUCGAUGGUAUAGAGGAAGUGGAAAGAGAAAUAACAAGAGGAAGAUCUCGAAAAGGACCUGAGCUCACCUGCCCAGAAGAUAAUAAGAUUAAGGAACUAACACUUGAAAUUGAAAGACUGAAGAAACGUCUCCAACAAUUGGAGGUGGUCGAAGGAGAUUUGAUGAAGACAGAGGAUGAGUAUGAUCAGCUGGAGCAGAAAUUUAGAACUGAGCAGGAUAAGGCUAACUUCCUCUCCCAACAACUGGAAGAGAUCAAGCACCAGAUCGCCAAGAAUAAAGCAAUAGAGAAAGGAGAGGUUGUGAGCCAGGAAGCUGAGCUGAGACACAGAUUUCGGCUGGAAGAAGCUAAAAGUCGAGACUUAAAAGCCGAAGUACAAGCUCUUAAAGAGAAAAUUCACGAAUUAAUGAACAAAGAAGAUCAGCUUUCUCAGCUCCAAGUAGAUUAUUCUGUCCUUCAACAAAGAUUUAUGGAAGAAGAAAAUAAGAACAAAAACAUGGGGCAGGAGGUCCUCAAUCUGACCAAAGAGUUGGAGCUCUCCAAGCGUUAUAGCCGAGCUCUUAGACCUAGCAUGAAUGGAAGAAGAAUGGUGGACGUUCCUGUGACAUCGACUGGAAUACAGACUGAUGCAGUCAGCAGUGAAGCAGCAGAGGAGGAAACGCCGGCUGUUUUCAUACGGAAAUCCUUUCAGGAAGAAAAUCAUAUCAUGAGUAAUCUUCGACAGGUGGGAUUGAAAAAACCUAUGGAACGAUCCUCUGUUCUAGACAGGUAUCCUCCAGCAGCAAAUGAGCUCACUAUGAGAAGGUCUUGGAAUCCAUGGGCAAGAAAAAGGGAAAAUGGCCCCCCAAUCGCUCAUGAGAAAGGGCCUCGAACAAAUUCCAGUCCAGGGCACCCAGGAGAGCUAGUCCUUUCUCCAAAGCAGGGCCAGCCCCUGCAUAUCCGAGUGACACCAGAUCAUGAGAACAGUACUGCGACUCUGGAGAUAACAAGCCCAACAUCUGAAGAAUUUUUUUCUAGUACCACCGUCAUUCCUACCUUAGGAAAUCAGAAACCAAGGAUAACCAUUAUUCCAUCACCAAAUGUUAUGUCUCAAAAACAAAAAGGUGGGGAUACUACUCUUGGCACAGAACGAGCCAUGUCCCCUGUCACGAUUACUACAUUUUCCAGAGAGAAGACCCCAGAAAGUGGAAGAGGCACAUUUGUGGACAGGCCCACAUCCCCCAUCCAGAUCAUGACAGUGUCAACAUCAGCAGCACCAGCUGAGAUUGCAGUUUCACCUGAAUCCCAGGAAAUGCCCAUGGGAAGGACUAUCCUCAAAGUCACUCCAGAAAAACAGACUGUUCCGACUCCAGUACGGAAAUACAACUCCAAUGCCAAUAUUAUAACUACAGAAGACAAUAAAAUUCACAUUCACUUAGGUUCUCAGUAUAAACGAUCCCCUGGGACUUCAGCUGAAGGAGUAAGUCCAGUUAUUACUGUCCGACCAGUCAAUGUGACAGCUGAAAAGGAAAUUUCCACUGGCACUGUCCUUCGUUCUCCCAGGAACCAUCUCUCUUCACGCCCUGGUGCAAGCAAAGUGACAAGCACUAUCACCAUAACCCCGGUCACAACCUCAUCUGCUCGAGGAACCCAGUCAGUGUCAGGACAAGAUGGGUCAUCCCAGCGGCCUACACCCACCCGCAUUCCUAUGUCAAAAGAAAGCAUCAUCAUUCACCAGUUACGCAUGAACUCCAGAUGAAAUGGUAAACCAAGCACAUACUGGGUGUGUGUACUUCCUUUGAAUCCCUGUUGAAUGGAUAGUGUUUCUACAACCCUCAAUCAUCACUAAAGUCCGCCAUGCUACUGAUCACCACUGGAAAUAUUUUACUAGUUCCAGUGAUUUUUGUUUUUUUUUUGAGAAUAUGAUGUAAAAGGUGGAAAUGGUGUUGCUGAUUAUAUGAAAAUAUGUAGCAAGAGCAUUUCAAUCUUUGUGCCAAAAGAAAUUUCUCUUCCUUUUGCAAAGCCUUCAGGUCCAUGGGCACAUGCUAUGUAAUUUAUUUUUAUAAUACAUUUUGUAAUGUGAUUUUUUUUUCCCUAAAGUGUUUCCUUUCUCAUAGUCUGUGGCACAUAUAUCUGUAGAAUACACUGUCAGUUCUUCAAAGUAUUUGUAUUGUUGUGUUCAAAAUGGUAAUCUAUUAAUUAUUUUCUUUAUAUCAAUUUGUUAUUCCUAAGGAAAAGAAAGUACAACACUGCAUUUCCAGUUGUAAAUUCAAGAGGUAAAACUUAGAAGCAGGAGAUUCUGGAAGAGAUUUUAUUAUUGCUUGUUCAGUGCUAUGGUUCUGAUCAUGGUUCAAUACUUACAAAUAAUGCUCUGACUUAAGAGCUUAAUGUUAAAUACUUCAAACCAAUCUGUAAAGUUGCUCUUUCUGUUGUUUUGGGCCAAAAACCCUGGAUGAAUUGAUUUUCAUAUGGGACAAAUUCAUAAAAGGAGAUGUACCAGUUUAACCAGUAUGGGUAAUAGAAACAGCUUCUACUGACAGUUCAAUUAUAUUUCUGUUUGCAUUAUUUAUAUGUACAAGACUUAUAAAUAAGAGCUGUGAUAUCAAGAUAUUUCUCACAAUUUAACCCAAUGAAAGCUUGAAAACAACUGACCUAGAUAUGUCAGCAUCUUUUAAAAAAAUUAUAAGAGAAAUCCUAGGAUAAAUAACUUUUUUCCCUUGAUUUUGACAGAUUUUCAUAACCACAUGUAGGUUAUAUUCUUUAAAGAUAAAAAGCCUAACAUGCAUUACUCAAAUCUCAACAUCAGAACUGCUGUUAAAUUCAGGUUUAUGUGACAAUGUGCAUCCAAAGUCUACUUGAAUCCCUAGUAAUGUAGUUUUUUUUAGAAGACUAUAAAUGUGGAUAUAUUACCAAUAAGGUCUUUAAAGAUAACUUUAAAGUUAAAUUAAAAGUUGACACAAUAGUUUCUGAAUAUGGAAAUCAAGUAUCAUGUAACUUUACUGAGAUUAAAGAGAGAAUGCUUCCGAGUGUCACAAGGGUAGCUGAAAGCCACACAAAGAAUACUGUUGGCCCAUUUCUCCGGUUCACAGGUUGUGCCCAGGUUUAUAGGUACACAGAGGGGAGUCCACUCUGAGUCUGUGGAAGCUGGAUUUCUUUCCCUAGCUAACCCUGGAGAAUUUUAAGGUAUGCCUUGUGGAAUUGGCAAGUCAUAUUCACCAUGUAUCAUCAAUUAAAUAUUUUAUGUUAAAAUUAUUUUUGAUUUUUCAAAGUAAAAGAAAUGCUACAGUAGGCUUGUCCUAGCUUAAAUGAUUGUGAAAGCAUCACAUAAUCUUCUGGAGUUUUGAUUUCUGACAAGAAAACUAGAGUGUGUAUGUGUGAAGAUUUUUAAAAUUUUUGUUACUGGGUUUUGUUUUCUGAAAAUGUUGAAACUGUAAUGAUAUUUUCAAUUAGAAAAGAGUUUUACUUAGUAUUGUUAUAUUUUUUGACUCACAGUUAAGUUCCUUAUUUGGUAAUGUUUAUGCCUCUGAUGGCAAAAAUAUUCUGAUCUAUCAUAGAUUAGUAUUUGAAGCAAGUAACUUUUCCCCCAUUUGUAGGAAUUUUAUUACACUUAUAGUGAAAAGGCUAGAGGAUAAGAUUUUAUAUACUUCUUGACUACAAAUUGAAAUAUUACAAGUAAUUUAUGUAUAUUUGGAUCUGAAGGGUUUUUUUCCCCUCCUGAAUUUAUAAUGAAAUUUGGUUCUUGCAAGAACAGUGAGGAUGAUGAUGCAAUCAGAGUCAUUUAGAUAGAUGUUGAGAUUUUCUCUGUCCAUGUUAUGAUUGAGUCCUCUGUUGAAACCCAAAUACAAUCUGAGUGACAGAUGAGGAUAAGUAAUCAGAUUCAUUUUGAAAUAAGAAAAUAUGCAAAAUGAGCAGAAAAUAGAAAACACUGGUCAUAUCCUUAUCUAGUGAAUAAGGAAACGAGA